AUGGCCUUGCAACAGCAACAGCAGGGAGCCCAGCAGCAGCCGCUGUUGACAAUGGGGCUGCAGCAGGGGCAGCAACAGCAGCAACAGCAACAGCAGCCUCCAGCGGGAGGAGCAGCAGCUCCUCCCCCACAGGCUGGUGCUGCUCAGCAGCCUCGCUUGCAGUUCCCGCAGAACCAGCUACCUGCCAACCUGCAUGUUCAGCAGCAACUGCUGCGGAUGCAGCAGCAACAGCAGGGCAUCACGGCGAAGCUUCAAGGAACUGCUGGUGCUUCGGGCGUCCAGCAGCGGCUCUUGCACCUGGAACAGCAGGAGCAGUUCCUACAGCAACAGCAGCAGCAGCAGGAACCUGAAAAGGUUCAUUGGGUCCAGUGUGACCGCUGUGACAAGUGGCGCAUCGCUCCAUAUGAGAUUACAUUGCCAAGUUGGGUGUGUGAACAAAACACUUGGGACCGGCGGUACGCUUCCUGUAGUGUGCCGGAGCAGCCAGACCCGGCUGCGCCGAUGCAGCAGCAGCAGCAGCAGCCGACGCGGAGUCAGCAGCAACUGCUUCAACAGCAACAACUGCAGCAGCAACAGCUGUUACAGCAGCAGCGCCUCGCUAGUGGCGCUGCACCGAAACCCAAAGCGAAAGCAAAGGCGAAGUCCAGGGCUGCGUCCAAAGGAACAGCGGCGGUGCAGCGGCCGAUUCAGAGCGGCAAUUGCACAGGAGAUGGAGGUUCGGCAGCAGCUCCAGGAGGAAAGCUUGUUCUUGCUCCGGGGCUCAUACCUGCUAAGGAUGCUGCUGCGUCUGCUGCUGCGCUUGUGCGACAGAACCUCUUGCAACAGCAACUGGGGCAGCAACAGCAACGCGGUGGUCCAGCUACCGCGAGUAACCUUCCCGCCCUACAGCAACAAUUGCUACAACAGCAACUUCAGCACCAGAUGCAGCAAGCCCAGCAACAGCAACUUCUUCAGCAGCUACAGCAGCAACAACAUCAGCUGCUGCAGCAGCUGCAGCAGCAGCCACCUGUCGUGUACGACAACUGGGUGCAGUGCGAUGCCUGCAACAAAUGGAGGAGGGCCCCUAAUCCGAUCACCAGCGACAAGUGGUUCUGCCGAAUGAACACGUGGGCUCCGCAGUUCGCUUCUUGCGAAGCUCCUGAGGAGCCUGAUCCUGCGCAGCAGGAUCAGCAGCAGCAGCAGCAAAGUCAGCAGAGGCUUCUCGAGGCAGCAGCGGCACUCCAGAGACAGCAGCAGCAGCUCCAGCAAAACGCAGCAAAAAGACAGCGCACAGCGAGUGUCUCCAGGGCUCCAGAAGCGACAAAAACAGACUCGAAGGCUGAGCCGCCAACGCAGCUUCUUCGGCAACAACAGCUGGUUGCCGCUGCGGCCGCAUCUGGCCAACGCAGUGCCACGCCUGCGGCGCAGCAGCAACUGCAAUUGCAGCAGCAACUGCAGCAAGGCAAGCUCACGCAAGGCCAACAGCAGCAACAUCCUGGAGCGUCAGGUUCCACAGGAGCUGGGGGACAACUGCAACAGCUGCAGUUGUUACAGCAGCAGCAGUUGCAACUGCUGCAGCAGCAGCAGGUUCGGCUGCUCGACGCUGCCCGCAGGGCCACGCCCAAUGCUGCAGCGGGCGCUCCCGGGACUGCAGUGGCUGCGGCUUCCGCGUCAGGUGGGGCGGGCUCAGGCAGUUCAGAACGGCGUGAAGGAGUACCAGAGACAAAUGCAGCGGCAGCAUCAACGACGGAACGCGGUGGGAAGUGGUUGGAGUGCCGUUCGUGCAAGAAGUGGCGCCGAUUACCUCCAGACGUGGAUGCCGAGGCCCUUCGCCCCAAGUUCUUUUGUUAUUUGAACAUGUGGGACCCGCAGCACAAUACCUGUGCUUCACCACAGGAGCCGUGGCAGCAGCUGCAGCAGCAUCAGGAGGUACAGGGGAAGACUCCACCAGCAGCAAAUGCUUCUUCGGCGGCUCCGCUGCAAAAGGCUCCGCACCAGCCCGCACCGUCAGAUGCCAACAGGCAGGAUAAGGCGGACAACGUAGCCGCAACGCCAGCGCAGCAACAGCAGCUUCCCAGACCGGGGGGACAGCUGCAAGGAGAAGCUGGAGGAGCUGCUUCUCUUCAUCAGCAGCUACAGGAACAGCAGCUGUUACUUCUUCGUAUGCAACAGCAGCAGCAGCGUGCUGCUUCCUCGUCGGGUGUGGCAGGGGGCAGUACAACGAAACCUGGGUCAGGAGCUUCCGGAGCCGCAGCUGGGCCAGAAGACGAUGACGAAGAGGGAGAAGACGACAUCGAGGGAGAAGGCGAUGAGGAUGAAGACAGCGAAGAUACUGGUGACUCAUCGGAUUCCGAAUCGGACAGAGGCGGUGGGGGAGGCCCAAGUGGUGGCGCUGGCGCUGGGGGUCCCUCCUCAGGAGGCUCGAGCGGAACAGGUGCGGGGGCGGGGGGAGGGGCAGCUCGUACCCCGCAGCCGCCCACACAGGGGCCCCCAGGGACAGGCAGCUUCGGCGCUACUGCCGCAGGAGGUGGGGGCGUUGCGGCUGAGGUUGAGUUUGGGGCAGCCAAAGCCGUAAAGGAUUCCAAAAUUCAUUGCAACCAGCGCACAGUGAGCGGGCAUUCUGCUCGUUUCUUCGAUGUGUUGAUUGUUGGUGGAGGUGUUGCGGGGCUGGCAGGGGCCCUUCAUUUCCACAGGGCAGGGGUGGAUUACCAGGUCAUCGAGGCGAGGGGUCGUCUGGGGGGACGCGUGUGGUCGAUCACACUCCCAGCGUCUUCGGAGGAGCAGCGGCAGCGGCAGCAGAAAAGGAUUGGCAGGAAGGCAUGCGGUAGAAAGGGAAGCUUGAAGAAGGACGGCAGCGUCUGCAUUGAUGGAGGGGCCAAUUAUAUGCAUGGACUGACGGGGAACGAGAAUGACGUCAGAUUGAAGCCUCGCAGAAAGGGCUGCAGCGUCUUUCACCUUGCGGCUGCCUCUCCAGAGUGCCGCGUCGCUGUAGUUCCUGGAGAGACUGGAUGGGAAAAUCCCUAUUACUUUGAUUGGCUAAGAGGGGGGCGGCGUUUCUGCAUGUUGGUAGUGUCGCUUGCUCAUGCUCUCUUUUCGCGUCUUGCCACGCCCGUGUCCUUAACUGCCGGGCAGCAAGAGGCCGGAAACUCCGUUUCCGUUCUUACGCUGCUUAACAGGGAGGCGGCUGCGCUCCUGAAAGCGGAGGGAACAGCGGAUGCAGCGGCAGCUUCUUCUCGUGGGAUCUUGCCCGCGUGCGAAAUACAUCAAGCAGACUCUGGGAACGCAGAAACUCCACCUCACCAGAAUACUUUCGAGUCGUUGGAUUUGCCGUCGGCGUUGAAGGGGCUGGUGGCGACGCUGCUGCAACGGCUGAAAAAGCUGUGCUCCCUGGCGAUUUCCAGAGUCGAAAAGGGCAAUAACAAUCGCAGUGAAGGCGAAAUUGCUGUAGGCGAAUGCUGCGCUUGCCAGGUGGAGGCGAUGGUCGUCCGGAUGCUUCGAAGCCGGUUCGGCUUCGUUGCUCCUCUAGGAGAUGUCAGUGCCGCUUUUUUUGCUUUCUUUCAGACCCCCAAGCUCAAGCGUGACGUGGAGAGAUAUCACAACCCGAAAUAUCGACUCCUUGCCUGGCCGGGCUUGCAGCGCUAUGCCAAGAAUUUGUCGUGCGCCUUUGCGGAGAGGGACAGGAAGAAGUCGCAGGUUGUUCGGCCGUUUGCAGCUAUUCCUCCCUCCGUAUCGUCCGAUCUGUACGAAUUUUGUGUUGGGCGGAUUUUGGGAGAAUGCGCCCUCAACCUGUCGCCAGAUCGACUCCGUCUCAACACUCGCGUCUCCUCUGUUUCCAUUUCGGAAGAAGACUCAGCGUUUCCUUGCCUUGUCCGAUGCCACUCCGACGACAACUCCAAUGAAGCACAAGAGCUCCGUUCAAGAUUUGUUCUCGUAGCACUGCCUGUAUCUCUACUACAACAGCCUCCAGAAGAAGAUGAGGGGGCGGCUGCUUGUGUAACGUUUCAGCCACCGCUUCCAGCAGAGAAAGUGGCGGCUCUAGCGGCUAUGGGCAUGGGAGUGCACAACAAGGUGGCUCAGGAGGUGCUUGAUGACCUGCGAAAGCUGUUCGGUUACGUCCCUCGCCCGGCCAUUGUAGCUUCGGUGGUUACCCGAUGGCAUUCUGAUAAGUACUCAAGGGGCUCCUACUCAUAUCCAAAACCUGGAGCUGACAUGGCAACUCACUGGCGCUGGUUGAGGGCACCACAUCCUUUAGAAGCUCCUCGUGUAGCCUUCGCUGGAGAAUUUUGUUCUGAUUCUUACAGCCAAUGCGUCGACGGAGCGUUCGACACCGGCAUGCGGGCAGCGCAGUCCGUUGUGCAGUUUGGUCUGCGUCUCCAUCCUUGCACAAAAGCCAGACAGGAACAGAAGCAGGCACAAAGGCGAGAGGACAACGCAGAGGAAGUAGAACGGCUGCAGCAGCAGCAUCGUAACCGCCGACAGAACCGCACAACCCGAGAGGCGAAACCCGGAAGCAAGCAACAGCGCGCAUCAAGAAGAUUUAAGAAGGAGGCUCUCGAUGCAGCCGAAGCGAAGGCAAGAAUUGCAAUGGCUCGGGCAGAACUCGAACAAACGAAAACAAAAUAUUGCGGAGACGACUGCUGCCCGAUGCUUGAGUGCCCAGAUAGUUCCCAUGCUGGGUUUUACUUAACGGAUGGAAGCGACCUGACCGAUGGUGAUGAAAGUAUUACGGAGCAUGGAGAUCAUGAGGAACUUGGAGCAACUUACGGGAAGAACACGCGGAUGAUGCUUGAGAAGUUCCAAGCGCUUCUGCGCGUUAUUUUGAAGAGAGGCGGAGUCUACAAGCAGGGGAUUCUGCCGGUUAUACAGAGCAAGGGAAGCGUUAUUGACUUCCUCGCCACUCGCCCAGUAGACUUUGCAGUAGACUUUGUUACCAUUGACCUUAUGACGGGAACAGAUAAAGCUGCUAUCCCUGCUGCACUGGGGUUUGGCAGUCUGGUCAUCGACUCCUCCGAAAUUAAACAAGUGCGGAAGACCAUGCAUUCUGCUGCCGUCGUUGGUGCUCUGUUGCACCUUACUGCAGGCAUGUUCAUGUCGUGCUGCGCCUUCUGA